UAUCUCGUUGUCUCGGCUACCAAGACGACAGGACAAAGCAUCGCGUUCUUUCCAUGAACUCUGCUAAACCAAAUUAGGAUCUAGCAUAGUGGCUUGUGCUAUGUCCAUUGUCUUUGUUCAGGACGAAGCCCUUUGUCCAUUAUUAAGCAGCUGGUUCAAGCCUUAUAAAACCUAGCGUCUCUGCAGUUCUUCCCUUCAAUUUAUCUUCACCGAAGCUAUAGCCUCAAGCUCCUUGAAGUCGCCUUAAAGCUUAACUUCAUUACGUUGAAAAUGGACCCUUCUUACACGCAGAACACCAUUGUAUCCUACGACGCACCUGUGUCCGACGCGCAGCCCGUCCCAUUCUUCAAUUCGCUGGACCCGUACGCGGUAUAUCCACCGUGGUACAAUGCAGUACCCCCGCCUACUUAUAUGCCCACUAGCGCGUACCCCAACGUAGCGCCGUCCUCCCUUUCACUGCCUCAAGCUCCACCUGGAAAACAGUACUAUAUACCUCAGUUUUAUUAUCACUCCCCGAUGCCGCGUCCUUCCCCGACGUCGUUCGAACGCAAUGGGACCACGUACUAUAUCCACAACGACCACACGACCGAUGGUGCGUUCGAACUGAACGGUACCACCUUUUUCCCUCAGUCAGUUCGUGCCAUGGAAGAGGCCCGAACUCGCGCCUGCAACACACCAGCCGAACGUCGACCUUUUCCAGGUUCGCGUGUCAUCAAUGGAACCACAUAUUUCCCGCGAGUAGCAUCGGACCAGAUCCUUUCCCCAGUUUCGUCUUCCGCCUCCUCUCUGCCUUCCUCGCAGACUUCGACCACGAACAACUCUCCUGCGACGGAGGCCACCGAUUCGAUCAACCAAGUUGAUGAUCUGCCUCCUCUAGUCUUCCUAACUCUCAACUAGUGGUGGGCCUUUAUAACCCGUCAAGAACCAUCGCUCAAGGCUGUCGUGCCUUACCUUGAACCACCCAUUGUCUUAUACUGUGUCGAUGGAAAACUGUCCAUCUCGGGUUGAUUCCAUAAUGGAAGUCUAUCCUUCACCUUCAUAGAUAGAUAUAGUAUCUGCUACCGAUCGGGAACCUACCAGCCUUUUUCCUCUUUUUUUUUUUUUGGCUCGCAUCUUACUAGCAUCAAUC